AUGAAUAGAAAUUCGAUAAUAUGCCAAUGUAACGUUGAUCCGACUGUUUUCUUCUAUUUCUCAGGCAAGAAAUCACACAGGAAAUUGGGAUUGUAUUUAGUUGAUAAUUUUGCUCAUGGAAAUAUUAUUCAAACUAAUGAGAACACAAAUAAAUCAAAACUAUUUUUCACUCCAGCUACAAGUGAGGCAUCGGACUCAAUUUUUUUAGAAGAAUCUUCCGUUGAAGAUUUAUUUCAAUUUUUUCCAACAUUUUCCUGGAGUAGGAACAGUAUUGUUGGUGCAUUCACAACAGGCAUUUCUCAAAAAAUAAGAAUAUUAAGUUUGACUCGAGGCCAAAUAGAGAUUUCAGAAAAAAUUGACAUUCCUAAUUAUUUCUGUUCAUGCCUUGACUUCAAUAACAAUGAAAAUUUGCAUCUAUUGGCUUCUUCUAACAUUAAAUAUUGUAAUUUUCAACAUUUUUCUCAAGGGUUUAUUUCCAUAAUAGACAUUAACACUAAACAAAAAAUAGUAAAGUUUCAUAAUAAAUUGAAUUUUGAUAGAAGUAAUAAUGUUUUUGGAUAUCCUAGUAAUGUCAAAUGGAUAAAUUCCAAUUUUUUGGUAUCUGGCUGGAAGUUUUGCGAUUUUUCAAGCCAAUUGCAUUUUCACGAUAUAAGGAUUAAAGAUUCAAUAUUCGUUACCAAUGUUGUGAAAAGCUGUAAUGAAUUCCUAUCAGUUAGCCAGCCUGGAGGUAAUUAUCUUCUUGCUAGUAAUUUAAAUAAUAAUAUUAGUUUAUUUGAUAUCAGGCUGAUGAAAAAUGAAAUAAGACAAAAUAAUAUUCGAACAAUCAACAGCAUUUAUUUUAAUGAUCAUGAGAUCAAUGAUCUACAAUGGUUUCCAAAUGAAAAACACGAUAUUUCCAUUUUUACUAGUGAUGGGAUUUUCAUUACUAGAUUAAGUCACAGAACUCACUCCCAUAUAUCUUUUGAAGCAAACAAAUCAGAUAGAUAUUCCGAAAAUAUUGAUAUUGAAUGGAAUGAUAGAUUACUGGAGAAUUUUAAACCAUUAAAUCUUAGAGAAAAUUUCAGUGAUACGUUUUGUUGGGUUGAUUCUUUGAGUAGAAGUAACAUAAGGCAUUCAUUGGUAUAUACAGAUUCUGAGUCUGCAUAUCUGAUAUCAAAUUUAGAUGUUAAAAUUAAUUCUUUUGUUUCUUUUCACUCUACACAGCUUUCCCAUUCAAUGAACGAAAAAAAUAAAUCUAAACAAAGUAACUAUGAGGUUUUAAAUUUUUCAAAGCUGUUCGGUUAUUCAUGGGUUCCAUAUAGGUUAAUGAAAUACUACAAAGAUGAUAAUACAAAGAUUGAAGAGUAUAACUGUAUCGAAUUGUUGAGAAGAUUAGAAAAUCUAAAUUCGGCAGAGGCCAGAAAUUUAGUCUUAAACCAAAAUGAUCAAAAUACGUUAACCAAUAUUGGAAUUUUUCCAAAAGCUGGUGAUAAUGUAAAUAAUAUUAUAAAAAUGAUGAAAUCUGCGUCACAUGCAUUUAAUUACUUGUCAACUUUACCUGAUCAUAUUGUACACUGGAAAGAUUUAUUGAGACAACUUAACAAACAAAAAAGCUCAUUCAUUAAUGAAAAGAUACCUAUUUUCAAAAAAUUGAUUUUACCAGCUAUUAGAGACUUAAUUUAUACCUUCAAGUAUCUAACAGAGAAUAUUGAUAUAUCUUCUCAACUUAAGUUUAUAAAUGUUAAACAUGAAGAUUCAGAAGCUAAAAGUUGCAAAGACUCUAAUAAAAAAGAAAAUCUUAAUCAUAUAGAAGUAUUUUCUUCUUCUCUUAGAGAGAAAUUAAUCAAUCUUUUUGGAGUAUCUUCAUUUAUGAUUGAAACACCUUUUUUUAUCGAUAAUAAUGAUCCACGCCAAUUAGAAUCAUUUUUUACUGCAUUUUUUUGGAACUGUAUUACACUUCAAUAUCAUAAUUUUAUUUCCCAUGGUGAUAAAUUAUCAAAUAUUCUCGAUAAUUUUAUUGAAAAUGAAAAUAAGUUACUUAAAACAUCUUUUUUAAAAAAUAUCAAAUUAUUUUUUAAUUCUGCCGGAAUUUUCAUUUCAAAUUUAUAUUAUUCUGAAGGAUUAAGCAAAAUAUCUUUAAGUAAAGAAGACAUUCAAUUUUAUUAUUAUUCAAUUAUUUCAACAAGUGAACAUUUGCUCGAUGAAGAUUAUUACUUGCCCAUUUGGAACAGUAAUAUUCAUCUAGAAUCUACUCUCCAGCUUUCUAUUCGGUUUAUAGUUACAUUCUCAAAAUUUAUCAGUACAAAUGAACAAAGUCAGCAAUUUUCUUCUUAUUUAUUGGAAGAACUGUUGGUCCCUUCUAUGGAAAUUAAUACUUACAUUUAUAUUCCGGUUAAUUUGUUGCUUUUAAUUGGAAUCUAUUAUUUAAAAUUAGAGGAGAUUUCUCAUUUGAUCGAAAUAAUGAUAAGAAAAGUGGCUAAAAAUGGUUUUUUAGACGGAAUAACAAUUUUAGGAUUUAACACGUUUACUGAUGAAACAUAUUUAAUGAUAAAUUUGCCUGAAAAUCAAAAUUCUGAACAUAUGGAUGUCAUUUUUGGGAAUUCUAAUUUCGACGGAAAUACGGAUUCAACGUGUUUAGAGUCGGAUAGCAAUAAAAAUAAAAAUAUAAGCUACAAUUCUAGCUCAGAUGUGUUUCUUAAGCAAAUUUUUCACAACUACUUAUCUUUUUCAUUUGGAGAUAUUCAAACAGUUGCAUUAAUUGGCUCAUGUAUUCCUAAUCUCACAUAUGGCUUUAAUACAAACAUGGAAUUAUUAGAAGUCUGCAUAAACGAAUACAAAAAUUUAUUAAAGAACAAUUCUCUAAUAUACUAUCUAAUUAAUAAUUCAAAUGCAAUGAACUUGUCAAUUAACGGAUCUAAACCUACAAAAUUUAAUAAAAAUGUUUCAAGUAUACUCUAUGAGCUUAACAUUUUAAGAUCAAGUUACUAUAAAAUAAUUCAAAUUGAUCAAGAUGAAUUAAAAUCACCAAUACCAACCGGAAAUGUAUUAUUUUGUUAUUAUUGCGAGCAGCCAUUACAUCAAUCAUAUUUUGAGCAUAAUUACUUAUUGGAUAAAAUGAUAUUACGUCCUGAUUGUAAUUCAGUGAUUUCUCAAUCUUAUAAAGCGGACUUCAACGAAAUUCAAACGGAGAAAAAAGAACUAAAUAUUAAAAAUAUUUACAAUAGAGAUUCACAGGUAGGAUAUCCUUUACGAAGGGCAAGCAAAAAUAUUACAAGUAUGAAUAAUUUAAUUCAAUCUGAAAUUAGUACAAGCUCGGAUUUAUCUUCUAUGAUCUUAAACUGCCCCAAUAAGUACUGUAACAAACCUCUACCUAGAUGCGUGAUUUGUUUGGCUGAAAUGUCUAUAAAUGUGAUUAAUAUUUCAGUGAAUGAUGAAGCAACACGCAAAGAUUACAAUCAACCGUAUAAUUAUAACAUAAGUAAAUGGUACACUUGGUGCCUUCAUUGUCACCAUGGUGGAUGCUUUAAGCAUAUAAGUGAGUGGUUUGAAUGCUUUGACGAAUGUCCUGUACCGGAAUGCAAUUGUUGGUGUAAUUCAGUUGAUCACUGGUACAAAUUAUAA